CACACAGAACGACAGUAAAUAAAAUGUUUGGCAUUGUCGUAAAUUAUUUUACGUGAAACAAUUAAUCAUUUCAAAGCAACCAAACCAACUAAAUAUGCUAUAAAACUAUACACCUUAUCGAUAAUCCCGCUUGACCCGAGAAUCAGUCCCGCUCGAACUUUUGACGUCAGACAACAAUCACUUUUCCAUUGUGGCGUCAGAUAUUUUCUAUUAUGACGUCAAAAUUUUACGGGAACUUGUGUGAUGUCCAGUAAUGGCGGACAAAUAGCGAUAAGGUGUAUUGUUCAAUGACAUGAAUGACUUGCAUGCAUGUUUUUCAUCGUUAGUUGAAGUUCAUAUUUUUUCAGUAACAUUUGUAAGCUACAAUUAUUGCCAAAGGUACAACAGAUUAAGGAAAUGACCACUACCAAUGGAGAUUCACAAAUUAUAGACAGUGUGAAGGAAUAUUAUGGAAAGAAAUUAAAAAACGUGUCAGAUUUACAAACCCAAGCAUGUGUAGCACCAGGCAGACGUGUUAACAAAAAUGUACGUGAAGCAAUUAGUCAAGUUCAUGAAGAAGUAGCAUCAAAAUAUUAUGGAUGUGGAUUAGUAAUUCCUGAUAAAUUAGAAGGAAUUAAAGUUCUGGACCUUGGAAGUGGUAGUGGAAGAGAUUGCUUUGCUAUCAGUAAACUAGUUGGACAGAAUGGACAGGUUACAGGGAUAGACAUGACUGAUGAACAGAUUGAAGUAGCCAGAAAGUAUAUAGAUUACCAUACAAAAACCUUUGGCUAUGAUAAACCAAAUGUAAACUUUGUACAGGGGUACAUUGAGAAGCUUCUUGAGGCAGGCCUGCAAGAAAACUUCUAUGAUUUAAUAGUGUCCAACUGUGUAGUGAAUCUGUCACCUGACAAAUGUGCUGUAUUGUCUGAAGCCUACAAAGUUCUCAAGGAAGGUGGAGAGUUGUAUUUCAGUGACGUUUAUUGUGACAGAAAUCUGGAUGAUUCAGUAAGGAAACAUGAGACAUUAUGGGGUGAGUGUAUAGCAGGUGCCCUGUGCUGGAAGGAUCUGAUUUCACUGGCCGAGAAGACAGGGUUCAGUACACCAAGACUUGAAACUGUAUCUCCUAUACCUAUAGACAGAGAUGAUUUCAAAAAAAUAUUAGGUGAUGCCAAGUUUUGUUCUGUCACAUACAGAUUGUUCAAGCUACCCAAAGUAGAAAAGUCUCCACCAUUACAAGUUAUUUAUAGUGGCGAUGUAACAGGAUGCGAGAAUCAACUAGAUUUUGAUCACAGAAAUCAUUUCAAGACAGGUGAUGUCUACACAAUUGACUCAGAACUGGUUACUAUAUUAAAGAAUUCAAGAUUUUCAGAUGAGUUUGAAUUUCAACCAGCAUCAAAAGGGGUCUGUGAAACAACAGGGAAUACUGUAGAUAAUCCAUUUGAUGUUUUACUGGAGAAAGAAAAGAAAGGAGAACAAGUCAGUCCUGCUUGUUGUGCUCCAGGAAAGUGUUGUUAAAUAGGAGAAACAGUGCCGCUGGAAAUGUUGUCAAAUUCUAAUUUUCAGUACAAUAUUAAUGGAUAUUUUUCCUGUACAGUUUUGUAUAAUGUAGUUACUGCAAAACCUCUGAAACAGUUUUGAUUGAUAUUUUCAUUUUCAGUAAAUACUUACAGAUCACUUCAUAAAAUAUUGCUCCUGUAUAUUUUUUUUUUUCAUUUUCCAAAUUUAUUACAUUAUAUAAAUUCUAUCACAAAUAUCAUUUAUAAUAAUCUUUCAUUACUUAUAGAGCUAGUGGAUCUAUCCUGAAAUGUAUAUUUUUCUUGCCAACUGGCCAGUAGGAUAUUUUGUGUGAUUAAGAUUUUGCAUUAAUGUAAAUAAUAGGAAAUGUUGAGGAAAUAUAGUUUAUGGUUUCAAUGAAAAAAAGGAAUUCAAGACUUUUUUUAAUUUUCAAUUAGGAAAAAUUUAAGGUUUUUUUUGAAAAAGUGAAUUAUAAUAAAGAACAUUAGUACGUUAUUCAGUUAUUGAAAUAGUUGGAUACCAAAGCAAACUCAGAAUGUUUACUGUUGUCAAUGGUAGAGUAGAAAAAAGCAAAUAAGUAACCAUAUAUAAUAUUUUUUUUAUAUAUGUAAAAUAAUAUUCAUUUUGCAUGAAAUAUAGAAAUAAAGAUUUCAUAUUCCUUUAGAAGUAAAAUUACUUUUUUCAUAUUGGAUCCUUAAACAACCAAGUUUAUAGUACCUAUUACAGAAUUUACCCCAAAAAUCAUCUUCUAUAGAAUAUUUCAAAAUUAUCAGAAAUGGAAGUUGAACCAAAUAUUUAGACCUGAAAUCAUGACAUGUAUGAUGUUGUUUUGUUCAAUAAUAACUCCUAUUCAUGCUUUAUGUAAAUUAUUCAUAUUAUAAUUGUUUGUUUUGAUGGUUGUUAGCAGGUGCUUGAUCUAUACUUACAUAAUAUGGUGCUAGAAACAUAAUAAAUAAUUACAAGUUUUACAUCACUUACAUUUUUGUUGCAGAAUAAAUAAUUACAAUAUA